AGCUAUGGGAAGAACCAGUCAAGAGAGAUAAAUGACGAACCAAGUUCCGCAAUGGCAACUAUUGAUCAUUCUGUUAGGCGUAUCAUUAUUGUGUCUUGUAAGUGAUGAUGUUUCGCCAAGGCCAGUUUUAACAUUAUAGUAAUAUUUGAAUUUUUCGUCUCUGGACCUUCAAAUUAUAAAAUAUAUGUGUUGCGGUUCAAUUUUAUCCUUGAUCUAAAUUUUAUUCUCCUUUGUUUUGGGAUAUGGUAAUGUAUGAUAAUAAGCUUGAAAUAAAGGGAAAUAAAAUUUAGACCAAGGAUAAAAUUGAACCACAACAUAAUCACGUAUUUUUAUUUUGGCAUCAGGGACAACUAUGAAUUUGGAUAAAUCGAAAUUGACAUCGAUUGAUCAAUUCACAGGGUCCAGAGGAGAUGUGUUUGUCGUUAGAACAUCAAAACCUGUCGAAAACCUCUGAAAAAAUGGGUUAUUUUGAUCGCGUUACAGUUUCGUUACACAUUCUAUAGACCGCAAACCAACAGACUGAGGGCUCGCAAGAUCGGCUUAGGCACUUCGUGCCUCGGUAGCCCUUCGGUCACCCUUCGGACGACGUGCCGUGCGCCAGCGAGGAUAUGGCUUGCGGUUAUUGAUUUUCAAAAGUCCAUCUGGGUCAGAUAAGAAGCGAAGAAAUCGUUUACAGUAGAUUUAUAAAGAUCCCAUUGGGCUAAUUAAUCGUGCUAAGCGACAGGCAUAGACAUUUUUCAAGGUCAGACUUUAAAUAAGUAAUUCAUUUAUUCACACGAAACUCCUCUGGACCCUGUGAUCAAUUACGCGAUUAUUGUUCGUUCUGAACAAGAGCAAGUAAAUUAUGACAUGACAAUUAUCGCAUUAAAUGUAAUUAUGUGUAGGGGGUCCAGUGAAAUUUAUUAGAAAGCAACCCUCGACCUAGACUACGAGUNCUUCUUGUCAAAGUUUCCUUUUCAGAAUCAUUUCGAAGUAAAGUAGCCAGACGGCACCUGGAUAAACCUUGCUCGGUGUCAUUCCCACAAAUAUAAUCGUUCUCCAUUAGUUUUUCCAUCCCCAGUUCCUGUCUCGGUAUUUCCUGCUGCACAGAAGUGAAGCCGUAGAGCUGGCCCUGGAAAAAGAAAUUAGAGAUCAUCAAUCAUUAAACUGAAAAAGUGAUGACGGUUACCUUAAGCCACCUAUGGAAGAGGUUAACCGGGUUCGUUGCCCAAGUUCUCCACCAAAAUAUGCUGGGGUUGUUCGAGCAACUCGUUUGCUAAGCGAGAAGGCACCAAUAGUCUUCUUUUACAACUUUGUCUUCGCUUCUUUAUUCUUCUUUAACUCCUGCCACCCUCUACUUACCCUACCACUAGCAAGCCGAAUAUUAGAGACUCAAGCCAAACUACUCUGCUAAUCUUUAGUUUAAGUAAAGGUGAUGCAAGUAUAUAAUUUAAAAACGUUUGAAUCCUGAAAAUGGGCGGAAGCUUUAAUACAUAUGCAUGUAUUGUGGUUUGGGAAUAUUUUGAAUGAAAACAAUCAUCUGCGUAAUAAUGUAUAGUUCCUUUUCUACACCUGAGUCACAAAAAAGAAUGCCGGAAUCGGAUAAGUUGCCUGUUGACUAAACUAAAUCGCUUUCCGGUGAUUAAGGGAUAAACCCUGGGCCCGAGAUUGCUUUGGUCUAACAUGCAUGUGCCAACCUUUCUGACAGCAGUGCGAGGCAAGAAAAAGGGCUCGUCUGGUCGAGGGUAGACUACGAGUAGUCCCCCAUUUUUCCUCAGGGAUAGUAGAGCUAGCAAAACGCGAGCGCGCGUGAAAAUCAACCCACGCGAGAAAAGGCGACACGAGGCGUGUCGCCUUUUCUCGCGUGGGUUGAUUUUCACGCGCGCUCGCGUUUUGCUAGCUCUACUAUCCCUGAGGAAAAAUGGGGGACUACUCGUAGUCUACCCUCGACCAGACGAGCCCUUUUUCUUGCCUCGCACUGCUGUCAGAAAGGUUGGCACAUGCAUGUUAGACCAAAGCAAUCUCGGGCCCAGGGUUUAUCCCUUAAUCACCGGAAAGCGAUUUAGUUUAGUCAACAGGCAACUUAUCCGAUUCCGGCAUUCUUUUUUGUGACUCAGGUGUAGAAAAGGAACUAUACAUUAUUACGCAGAUGAUUGUUUUCAUUCAAAAUAUUCCCAAACCACAAUACAUGCAUAUGUAUUAAAGCUUCCGCCCAUUUUCAGGAUUCAAACGUUUUUAAAUUAUAUACUUGCAUCACCUUUACUUAAACUAAAGAUUAGCAGAGUAGUUUGGCUUGAGUCUCUAAUAUUCGGCUUGCUAGUGGUAGGGUAAGUAGAGGGUGGCAGGAGUUAAAGAAGAAUAAAGAAGCGAAGACAAAGUUGUAAAAGAAGACUAUUGGUGCCUUCUCGCUUAGCAAACGAGUUGCUCGAACAACCCCAGCAUAUUUUGGUGGAGAACUUGGGCAACGAACCCGGUUAACCUCUUCCAUAGGUGGCUUAAGGUAACCGUCAUCACUUUUUCAGUUUAAUGAUUGAUGAUCUCUAAUUUCUUUUUCCAGGGCCAGCUCUACGGCUUCACUUCUGUGCAGCAGGAAAUACCGAGACAGGAACUGGGGAUGGAAAAACUAAUGGAGAACGAUUAUAUUUGUGGGAAUGACACCGAGCAAGGUUUAUCCAGGUGCCGUCUGGCUACUUUACUUCGAAAUGAUUCUGAAAAGGAAACUUUGACAAGAAGGAAAAAGAAGAUUUCCAAAAAACUGAAAAAAAGAAAAAAAGUACCUGAACAGGACAAACCUUCAGCCAAUGAAAGUGGAACAAGAAACGCUGUGAAAAACAUGAUCGAAAUACCGAGUAAAGAAUUAUUUGCAUGGGAUCCUCAUGCUGAUACGCAAGUGUAUUUGUUUGAUAGCAAAGAACACACCGAUCCUAAUAUAUCAGGCCUUAAAAAGGCAAAUUCCAUUCGAGAUGCCAAAAGAAAGACUGCCACUUACGUUCAUCAUCGCAACAAUGCUAUCAAAAGGAGAACAAAGGCCUCCUUCAAAGUGACACCUCGUGAUGCAUCGUCACCGGAAUCAAGACCUGACCCAACACAAGAAAAUGACGUAAUGUAUCACUGGACAAAAGAGCAGUUGCUUCCUCUCGUUUAUGUAACUUUUGCAAUGGGAAUUAUUUUGGGGUGUACCCUAAGGCCUCAUAUUUUAUCUCUCGUGUACUCCAUUGGUAAUUAUUUCAUCCUGCAAAGAAGAAAAAAACUCAGGCGCCACAGAGUGAGCAUAAAAUUUGAGGUCAACUCGAGUAAGUAGCAGCUCAGUUGUGAGGUAAUCAAGUAACAACUGGUUAUAUGAGAAGUGCUUCAAGGGAAGUUUAAAAUAAUUAUAUUAUUAUUACACAAACAGAAAUUCUGAUAAACAAUGAUUUGGUCAAACAGAAAAAAGUAGAUAAGAGCGUAAAAAGUCGACGUUUCGGCGUCAUCUUAACGCCAUUAUCAGGACUAACCGUAAACAACAUUAUGCGAAGAAUGUAGCUUCGAGUCUCGAAUAAUUAGCAUAAUGACGAAAAGAAAUUGUUAUUGCUAUUUUAUCGCUAAUUUUAUUUAUUAAUUUCUGUUACGGCACACCUGUAAAGUAGCUGGUGCAGGUUUUUCGACUUUAAAAACGGUGCUGGGUGUUGUACCAUGCACCCACGUUCAAGUGAAUAAUGACUUCCGAUUGGAUAAAAUUACCCGGGAGUUACGUCACUUGCUGCAACACAGGUACCGUAAACCAUAUAGUUAGGUCCCCUUUACUCGUAUUCAGAUAGUUUUUAAUCCGCAACUUUUUCUUUCCGGUUACGGUUUCUGUCAACACGUAUUCGGCGAAUCCAGCACACGAAUACGCAAUUUUUUGAAUCCCCUCUCCAGAGUGGAAAUUUUUGAAUACGCUAUGAAUCCGGAAUUGUGUGGACGCCAAUUAAUCCGGUGACGUAAUAAGAUCGAGCCCAGUUCUUUACCGUGAAUACUGUAUUCAAGAUGGUAACUUCGUUCCCAGUUUCUUUCAAGGCAGAGGCAAGAUGCACAUUUCGCGCGCAAAACGACGCAUGCUGUGUGGCCAAUAUUCCCAGAGAAGUCCUGGGUACAACAGUGAAUCCGGAUACGUGUCGGAUACGUGUGGAGGGGCAAAUUCGAUUUGAAUCCGGAUACGUGUGAAAGUCGAAACUUUUUAAUCCAGUGAGAAAAAGUUGCGGAUUGAAAAAUACCCGCAUACGUGUGGACGGGGCCCUAGAGUCCGUUUCAACGUUAUAUAAAGUAUUGAAUUGUAUCGUAUUGUAUUUUUAUCAUUAAAUACUAAUGAGCCAUUUUGACUCGUCCUGAUAUCGACGCUUAACUUUUCAAUCUUUCAGAUCUCAACCUGGCUGAUCUACCUUUUCAUUUUGAAGAAUUCUUAAUAAAGAAAUUGGAUGUACGCUGCCCGGGUCAACGGUUCUAUGGCUGGCAAAAAGUAGGCGAAGCGUUUCACAUAGACAAAGACGAUCUUCGAUACUUAAAGAUCGAAUACAAAAGGGACAAUGGAAGCCCCACCAGUAAGCUGUUCGAAAUGCUUGGAAAAACGCAGAAUAGAAAUGUAUCAGACCUCGUGGAAGUUUUACGGAGUCCUGAAAUAGCACGUCCUGACAUUGUCUCUGAUAUCAAACUU